AGACCUGCAGGGAAGUCCUCUGGCCACUAGGUGACGCUUUGAGCGACGUGCUUAGCUGCCUUCCCGUCUCCAUGAUGCCGCAUUGUCAGACCAAACUCUGGGGCUCUAUGGUACUGAUUCCCGCAGCAUCCCGGAGCCGCAGUUGAUGUAGAUACAGCUGAAUGAACUGCUAUACUGAGGAUGAAUCUUACCUUCCAAUGUUAUGUAGAAGCUCCUUUCUUUUAUCCUUAAGAAGAUGGGAACCGGAGUAGCCAUCUAUUGUCCAUUUUGACUACUUCAGUGCUCCGUCAUCAGCUGCUUUUGUCAGCUUCUGACAAUGGUCUGUCAUUAGGAUUACAUGCAAAAACCACCAUCAUGCCCAUGAGGAUGGAGGUGCAGAAUAUUUCUGAGCUUUCCAGUCAGAGGGUGUCCAUUUCAGAUGACCAGGAAAUUGCUGGCAAUUCCGACCUAGAGCAGAGCAAAUAUGAGGAGAUCCGAGAGUGGAUUGAGAAGCAAGCGCAGAAGGGAUCAGGUUCUAACAAGGCAUCGGAGGAAGGAAAUGGCACUGAAAUUACAAAUCAGAAAGAUUAUGUUCUACCAAAGCCACCUGCGAAGCCUAAACUGAGACCUCACAAACUGGAAAGAGCUUUUUCCCUGGAUGAGAAAAGCUGGCAAAGGAGAUUUAAGACUAGUCAGGGGAGCUUAACAGACCUGCAUGAAUCUGGGUCAUCGUCGGGUUCUCUUCAGGAAGCUGCGGUCACUGGGGAUCGGCAAGCCCUCGGAUCAGACAGCCUGAAUCACGAGCAUCCCUCCAGUGGGCAGAAUCAUUUUGCCCUGGAGUCUUCUCUGCUUACCGCCAGCAGAAUCGACAUGACAUCGGCUUCUAAGAAAGUCAAGCCUUCUUCUAAAUCUAAACCUCGCCUUGCACAUGUGAAGCCUUCACAGCCUUUGCCUCAGCUAGAGUUUAACGUUGCCUCCAGGGCUCUGAGGACAUCUAACAAAAUAGAUUCCGAUUACAAGGAUUACAAACAGCGUCAGAUUCUCCGGCACAGCAGCAGCCUGAGCGACACGCGGCUUCUCGGUACAGUGUGUGACCACUGCUCCAAUGACUCUCUGAGGUCCACCUACAGCCUUCUUACUCCCAUACGGUCCAAGGAUGUCCGGAACAGAAGUUAUCUGGAAGGCAGUCUAUUGGCCAGUGGAGCAUUGCUAGGAGCAGAGGAACUGGAUCGAUACUUCCCUGAUAGGCAAAUGGGAAUUUUCAUCGCUACCUGGAACAUGCAAGGCCGGAAGGAGCUCCCGGAGAGCCUGGACGAUUUCUUGCUGCCACCAGAUGAUGAUUUUGCUCAAGAUAUUUACAUUAUUGGGAUUCAGGAAGGAAGCCCAGACAGGAGAGAGUGGGAAGUCCGGCUCCAGGAAACUCUGGGACCCCAUUACGUUUUAUUGCACUCAUCUGCCCAUGGUGUCCUUUAUCUCUCCAUCUUUAUUCGUAGGGACCUCAUCUGGUUUUGUUCAGAUGUGGAGUCCUCCACGGUGACCACACGCAUCGUAUCCCAGAUCAAGACGAAAGGCGCUUUGGCUGUGUCCUUAACUUUCUUUGGAACCUCCUUCCUUUUCAUCACGUCCCACUUUACAUCUGGAGAUGGAAAAGUGAAUGAGAGGAUUCAGGAUUACAAGAAGAUUGUUGAGGGUCUUGCACUACCUCGCAGUGUCCCUGACACAAACCCAUUCCGCUCUGAUCCCUUGGAUGUCACUACACGAUUCGACGAAGUCUUCUGGUUUGGUGACUUCAACUUUCGAUUGAACAAGGAUCGGAACGGUGUGAACUCCAUUCUACAACACAAACUGGUGAAGGACAUGUCCCAACUGCUGCAGUAUGACCAGCUCAUCAAGGUCAUGAACGGUGGCUCCAUAUUUAAAGGGUUUCAAGAAGCAACAAUUGAGUUUCUUCCAACAUACAAGUUUGACAUUGGCUGUGACCAAUAUGACACAACGUCGAAGCAGAGAACACCGUCAUAUACAGACAGGAUUGUGUACAAAAGUCGCCAAAAAGAAGAUAUUAAAGUCCUGAAGUAUGCUUCCUGCCCGCUGGUGAAAACAUCGGACCAUCGGCCUGUUUUUGGGUUAUUUGAAGUACGAAUAAGACCUGGAAGAGACAACAUCCCCCUGGCCGCAGGUCUAUUUGAUCGUGAAUUGUAUCUUCUGGGAAUCAAGAGGCGGAUUUCACGAGAGCUGCAGAAACGGCAGGUGAUCAAGAACCAGAAAAGUAGCGCAGUCUGCGCAAUCUCCUGACUAGAGCAGGGUGGAGUCUGGUGAGCAGAUGGACAGAUGUAUUCUACUUGCCUGUCAUGGCUGGCCUCAGGAUGCCUCAAAGUGUGCCUACAGUGUAGGAAGCCAUUACAGUGGCUGAGGGUUCAGAGCCAACCAAUCACUUUAAUAGGAGCAUGUGAAUGUCAUUACCAUUUUGUGAGGUGAACAUCUCUCUCCGUUCAGCACUGUUAUUUGUUCCUAGCAAAGUGUUGAAAAUUGAUCCAUCUUAGGAAGAAGCUGCCUGUACUGCAUGCAGUGGCUAGGAAUGCCAGUUCAUUGGUGGUGGUAUUUGUACGGUAAUCUGAUGAACCCUUUUAUUUUACAUUGAAAGAAACGCAUGUGAAAAGGGACCAUUUUACUGGAAGUGGCUUACAGUAGACUCACCAAACAGCAAUGUUGCAAUAUUAACCUUUGCUUGCUAAAGGAACUCUAGAUGCUAAUCAUGUGAGCUCCCAGCAUGCAUCUGUCUUUGGCCUUCCUGUGUUAUACUGAAAAUGUAAUAUAUGUAAAUAGUUAUUUAUCUUUCAAUUGGCCAUGAAAUAAAAUCACUCUUCCUCUUCUA